AUGCAGAGCACAACUAAAAACAGCAAUGUGAGCAUUAAUUCAGGACUUUACUUCUCAAGACCUUUAAAUGAGAAAAUAUUGCUUGUACAGGUACUAGUUGGGAUCUUUCUAUAUGUGAACUUCAUAAUGAUUUUUACCUUCCUAAAGAAGGAGGUUUUCAGAGAGGAUACUCGGUAUAUUUUGUUUGCACAAACUCUCUUCAGUGACUCUCUUCUUAUGGUUUUGACUGAUUUAGCUGUAGUUUGGAGUUACUACGGUUACCCUAUCCCAAUGAUUACAUGUUGCAUAUUUUGCACACUCAUGAACUGGCUUAACGACUGCACUCCUUUGACACUGGUGGCCAUGUGUCUAGAGCGCUAUGUGGCCAUCUGCAUGCCACUGAGACAUGCUGACAUCUCCAACUCCAGAAACAGAAAAAUUGGACUUCUGAUCAUCUGGAUUAUCGGUUCUGUAAAACCCUUGCUUAUUCUUCUUGGGUUCAUAGCUGUCAACCCAUCAAGCACUAUGCAGUCUUCUGUAGUUUGCAGUGAAGAGAUAAUGCUAACAUUUACCUGGCAGAGUCAGUUAAGAGCUGUUCUUUCACAGUUAUACUUCAUCUGCAUGUUUGUCAUCAUUGUGUUCACCUAUAUUAAAAUUAUGAUGGCUGCAAGAGCUGCUUCUUCAGACAAUAAGAAAUCUACAUACAAGAGUCUCAGAACAGUACUUCUUCAUGCCUGUCAACUCUUCCUAUGUUUGGUUCAAUUUCUAACCCCGUAUAUAGAAAUGACAGUUAUGCAAAUUGAUUUUAUGUUGUUUAUCAAUGUAAGAUACUCUAAUUUCAUAAUGUUUGUUAUUGCCCCACGCUGCCUAAGUCCACUAAUUUAUGGAAUUAGAGAUGAAAAGUUUUUCCUUGUUUUAAAAGACCAUGCCUUGUUUGGUCUUCCAAAGAUUAUUUCAGGGAUGGCAAUGCCAGACGAUGUUCCCUGGAGGAACGCAGUGGACGAGAAGGAGCAUAAGCCUGUAUUAGCGAGUGCAGGUAGAUGGGUGCAGACCCGAAAGUUGCUCUGUAAGCAAGCAUUUGUGAAUUGA